CCAACAAGUGUCUGGUUGAAAUUCGCAGUAAACUAAGCUUUACAUUUGGUCUUAGAUGAAAACCUGCCUUUCAAAUCUUGUGAGCGACUCUCUCCCACUUCGUGCUCCUCUCCCUUCACGCUGAGACCUUCUCGAAUCAUUUGGACGAGUCAGCACAUUUCGGAUGGAGAUGCUGGCUGUAAGCGGGGAAGAUUCACGGAUUUCAUACAGAGUAAAUUGAUUUUUUUUCCCCCACCUGCUGUGGGGAGAAUGGCUCCUAAGAACAAACUGAUGGUUAAGGUGAACAGGUUGCUUUCAGGCUAAAGAAAAAAAAAAAACUUAAAGCCAGGCGGAAAAAUGCCAAGUUUUAGGACAUCUUUAUUCAGAUCACAGACAAAGUAAGAGGGGAAACAAGAAUAAAGACGCAAAGGAAGGAAAAAGCUCUAUCAGCGCUGCUUUGUUUACUUGGAAGCGAUUUUUAUUCUUUUUUUCUUUUUUUAACAUCUGCACAAUUUGUCGGGGGAGGACAGAGAGACCAACAGGCGAUCCGAAAAGCAGCUUGUUGAUGGCACUGCGCACAGGGAGGACUUGGUUCGGGCAGGUCUUGCGCAGGGUCUCUCGUCUGCAGGGCUCUUGGUCCAGGCGAUCCAGCAGUCUGCUGUGUCUCUCCGCGAACCAGGAGCAGGAUCUUGGGGUUUGUCAUCGGGAUCACUACAAGGCGGGGGACUUCGGCGCCCUCCGUCCCCAGAGCUCCCCCGCCUCCGGGCGCUGCCCACGCGGCUUUCCCCACGCCUGCUGCGCCUUACCGGGUCACCCGAGGGGACAUGAGACCCUCGGUCGCCGAUUCCUGUUGGCCAUGAAGCGGCAAAACGUGCGGACCCUGUCGCUCAUCAUCUGCACGUUCACGUACCUGCUCGUGGGGGCCGCCGUGUUUGACGCCCUGGAGUCCGAGUUUGAGAUGCGCGAGAAGGAACAGCUGGAGGCCGAGGAGAAGCGGCUGCAGGGGAAAUAUAACAUCAGCGAGGAUGAUUACCGCAAACUGGAGAGCAUCAUCAUGGAGGCUGAGCCCCACAGAGCCGGGGUGCAGUGGAAAUUCGCAGGCUCCUUUUACUUUGCCAUCACGGUCAUAACCACCAUAGGCUACGGGCAUGCAGCACCCGGGACCGACGCAGGGAAGGCCUUCUGCAUGUUUUAUGCUGUCCUGGGAAUCCCUUUGACUCUCGUCAUGUUCCAGAGCCUGGGUGAGAGGAUGAACACGUUCGUCAAGUACCUCCUCAAACGCAUCAAGAAAUGCUGCGGAAUGCGCAUCACGGACGUGUCCAUGGAAAACAUGGUGACGGUGGGAUUUUUCUCCUGCAUCGGCACGCUGUGCAUCGGAGCCGCUGCUUUCUCUCACUACGAGGACUGGAGCUUCUUUCAGUCAUACUACUACUGCUUCAUCACAUUAACAACAAUAGGCUUUGGGGACUUUGUGGCCCUUCAAAAGAACCGGGCCCUCCAGAAGAAGCCCCUGUACGUGGCCUUUAGCUUCAUGUAUAUCCUUGUGGGCCUGACUGUCAUCGGAGCCUUCCUCAACCUUGUCGUGCUCCGUUUCCUGACUAUGAACAGCGAGGACGAGCGACGGGACGCCGAGGAACGCGCCUCCCUCGCGGGCAACCGCAACAGCAUGAUCAUCCACAUCCAGGACGAAUCACUGCAGCGGAGCAGGCGGCGACGAGAGCCAUACAGGACGGAGGUGACCGACCUCCAGUCGGUGUGCCCGUGCAUGCACUACCGCUCGCACGACUACGGCAGCUCCAGCGGCGGGAUCGGAGGCCUGGGCUGUGCCUUUUCCCAUCAGAACUCAUUCAGCUCGCAGCUCAACCGCAAUCAGUACUUUCACUCGGUCUCGUACAGGAUCGAGGAGAUCUCGCCCAGCACCUUGAAGAACAGCCUCCUCCCCUCGCCCAUCAGCUCGGUUUCUCCCGGCCUUCACAGCUUCACGGACAAUCACCAGCUCAUGAGGAGAAGGAAAUCUAUCUAAAACUCAGCACUCACAGGACCAGUGAGUUUUCAUGUUUUAUACACUAGGUCAAACAUUUUCAAUGCUGCUCUUCACCAGAUUUUAUUUUAGCACCCCCCCCCCCCCCCCCCCACCCCGGUUUGGUGGUAUGUAAUAAAAGUAUUGCCAGGAACAUGUAAAGAAGACUGGGCAGGACAGCAACAGUGGACCCAAAAGGAUGCAAAGCAUGAAGCAUGGAUGUCUAUUUUUUCAAGAAUUGCCUAAUUUAAAGAGACACAACAUGAACAAUAAAAGGUUACUUAUUACAGAUUUACACUAUAAAAUUAAUACAUGAACUUUGGUUACGUACUAAAUGAUGCACACUGGGGAAAUGCUAUUUUUCAAAGGGAGUUUGCUUGUUUCACUUUAACUUGAAGAGAUAUUUGUUAUUAUGUAUUAUCCCAUUGCCUUGCUGCAGACAGAGAAUUCAAAACGAUCGAAAGCAUCAGGUAUUAUUUUCUAUAAGCAAUCAGUUACUCCAAUUGUGUCACCUCACGUCAAGCCAAAAUAUUGUUGCCAAUUUUAGCAUGUGACUUAGAUGUCAUUACUAGUAUGCCAUGGUUUUGUGACCUUCUUUAGUCCUUUUUUCCCUGGUUGGUGUAUAAAUGUCUUGUGUGUGAAUCAAAGGAUCGUACUGCUGUUAUUGAUACUUCCUGCUGAUCUACAAACACUGGAUUGGACCUAAAUAGCUUUAACUUCACUUGCAGCCUUUUCAAGUUAAUAGUGACCAAAAGGGAAAGUCAACCACUACACUAUGCCAGUUUACUAGUUUUAGGGUCUUCCCAUUCAAACGGUUGAUUUUAUAUUAUUAUUUUUUUAAUUUAUACUUUUUUUUUUUUUUUGCAGGCUGACAUUCAUAACACCUUGAUAAAUAUUUAGUAUCAUAUGAGAGAUAAGGCAAUGCAGUUAAGACAUGGUAUGAAAUUUAUUUGCCAAUUUCGGCUCUGUAAAUGUUGGAAAAUAUAGAUAUGGCUGGGUUGCACGCUAGAACAGUGGCUGUUGGCUUACAGCAAGAACUCCUUGGUUCAAAUCUUGGCACGUGCCUUUUAGUGCAGAGUUCCUCACCAUGCAUGCAUAGGGUAGCACGAUGUACUCCUGUUACCUGCCACAGUCCAAAAAACAUGCCUGUCAGUUUGGUUGGCAUCUGAAAUUUGCAUUUAGGUGUAGGUGUGGAGGGGUGCAUGCAUGUUUGUUGCGAGUGGUGGCCGUGUGACAGACUGCCGGUAGUCUGGCCUCUCCUCACAUAUAGUACCUGUAAACUUCAAAACCUGUUGGGUUAAAGACAACCCAACUGGACUUUUCCCUAACUCAGUCCUGAAUCAAAUAUGGGCCAACUCAACUCUGAGUGUAUUUCAAACCACAUGGUCAGAUUAAAAGUUUGAUGCAGCAACUUGAUCUUGGUCUUCAACCACAAAAAUUGGCUUACUCACUAAUGUCUAAUGGCAAGGCUACCAGUGAGCUGAGUGAAUAAAAAAAA